AUGCCAGCAUCCCGCCGCGGCAGCGGCAGCGUCACCCUGCCCACCGGGCAGACCCUCGCCUUCCACACCCGCUCCAGCGACGCCGACGACCUCCCCCAUGCUACCAAGAAGAGGAUGGCGGAUCACCUCCGCAAGUACGAGAGCCUAUUCACGCUAACCCCGCAGCGUAUGCGGAUGAUCGUCGAGGCUUUCAAGGAUUCUCUUGAGACAGGGCUCGCCAAGGCCGGGCAGGUCGUGCCCAUGAUACCCACCUACGUCUUCGGCUGGCCAUCUGGCGAAGAGACCGGCAACUUCCUGGCGGUCGACCUGGGCGGAACCAACCUCCGAGUAUGCCUUGUUACGCUCGAGGGCGAGGGGAAAUUCGAGAUCACGCAGUCGAAAUACCGACUGACCGAGGAGCAGAAGCAGGAGGAGGGCCAAGUACUGUUCGAUUUCUGCGCCGAGUGCCUCAAGACGUUCGUCGACUCGCAAAUUGAAAGUGGUGUGAUCCGCAAGGACUGUCUCCUCCCUCUCGGUUUCACUUUCUCCUAUCCUUGCUUACAAGACCGCAUCGAUCACGGUGAACUCAUCCGUUGGACUAAGGGCUUCGGCGCGUCAAACACCGAGGGUCACGAUGUCGUCGCCAUGUUCCGCAAGAGCCUCGAGAAAAACAAAGUCCCUGCUGAGAUUGUCGCGCUCACGUGCGAUACGACCGGUACCCUGAUCGCUUCUCACUAUGUGAACCCCAGGACGCGUAUCGCGUGCAUCUUUGGUACCGGAUGCAACGCGGCAUACAUGGAGCGCGCGGGUGACAUCCCCAAGAUCUCGCACCUCGGUAUCGACGGCAAUGCUGAAAUGGCCAUCAACUGCGAGUGGGGCGCAUUCGAUUCGUUCGAGCAUGAGAACCUCCCACGGACGAAGUACGACCAGAUCAUCGACGAGACGUCGAACAAGCCUGGCGAACAGGCGUUCGAGAAACUCAUUUCCGGCCGCUAUCUUGGGGAGAUCCUGCGGCUGAUCAUCUGUGAGCUCAUUGACGAGGGUGUGCUUUUCCUGGGGCAGAACACGUACAAGCUCGAGAUCCCGUACUCGUUCGACACCGCGUUUCUGUCACUCAUGGAGAGCGACCCGACGGACGAGCUGCUCAUGAUCAUCGGCAUCUUCACGCACUUCUUCGCGGUGGAGACGACGCUCGCCGAGCGCCAGUUCUUCCGCGCACUCGCGAAGCUCGUCGGCAAGCGUGCGGCGCGUCUCAGCGCGUGCGGCAUUGCCGCAAUCGUGAGCAAGAUGGGAUACCUGGACGAGGGCUGUGCGGUCGGCGCCGACGGCUCGCUGUAUAAUAAAUACCCGGGUUUCGCAGAGAGGAUCCAUGAGGGCCUUCAGGACAUCUUUGGAGAAAAGGGAAAGAACAUUGUAACUUAUCACGCAGAAGACGGAAGUGGAAUCGGGGCUGCCAUCAUCGCAGGUUCGUCACAAUCUACACACUUAUCCUGCCGCGAGGUUCUCAGUUCGCCUCUCUAG